GGCCAGGCAGCAGUCGGGUGUGUGGGUUGGAAUGAAAAACCAGCGGUGAUGAAACUCUUACCUCACAACUCUCUCUCUCUCUGAGCUGAUGAGGACAGUUUAUGAAUGGAAAUAUGUUUCUGCAGCCGCUGUGGACCUUCCUCCUCCAUCAUUCCCCCCUCCUCACCUCUCCCCUCUUCCCCGUCAUCUUCUCGCUCUCGGUGUACCUGUCCUUCUGCCUGCCCUUCCUGCUGCUCGACCUGCUCUCCCUCAGGUGGGCCCCGCUGCGCAGGUACAAGCUGCAGCCUCAGAGCUCCGUCAGCUGGGCCUCGGUGCGGAGCUGCCUGGCUCUGACUCUCUACAACCACGCGGUGUUCAUCUUCCCGCUGACGCUGCUGCGCUGGUACACGAUGCCCGUCAACCUGCCCGCUGCGGCGCCCUCCCUGCCCCGCCUGCUGGCUCAGGUGUUUGUCUGCCUGCUGCUCUUUGACUUCCAGAGCUUCACCUGGCACCUGCUGCACCACAGGGUGCCCUGGCUCUACAGGAACUUCCACAAGGUGCACCACACCUACACCUCCACCUCGGCCCUCACCACAGAGCACGCCGGGGCCUGGGAGACCCUCAGCCUGGGCUUCUUCGCCGCCUCCACCUCGCUCCUGCUGGGCGUUCACCCGCUCACCGAGCUCGCCUUCUUCCUCCUCAACAUCUACCUGUCGGUGGAGGACCACUGUGGCUACGACCUGCCGUGGGCCACGCACCGCCUGGUUCCCUUCGGCCUGUACGGAGGGGCCCGUCACCACGACCUGCACCACCUCAAGUCCAAGUACAACUACGCCCCCUACUUCACCCACUGGGACCGACUGUUUGGGACGCUCUACACCGAGGAGGACUGAACAGACAGAAAAGUUUGAAAAGUGAUGUGGAAGUUUGAAAAGUGAUGGAGAAGUUUGAAAAGUGAUGUGGAAGUCUGAAAAGUGAUGUGGAAGUUUAAAGACUGAUGGAGAAAGUUGGAGCCUGAGACAUUCAUGAACUGAGAGAGAAAUGAACUUUCUGACGAGACAGAAGAAGAACCAGAACCAGGACUAACUGCUGUUUGGAUGAAACUUUGAAGCACUUUCUGAAACAUCAGAGAGUCCCUGACCCUAAAGGAGUCCUAAACUAAUGUACAGAUUUUGGUGUCUGAACUGACGAGUUGUAAACUUUUCAGAGAGGAUCAAAUCGAACAUUCGAGCUCUUGAAAAGUGUCUUAAAAGUGACCUUGAAGUUUCUGGACUGAACGAAAGCUUAGAGAGUUUUGUAGGAAGUCUUCGGCCGCUCGUCUUUUGUAUAAAAAAAACUAAAGUUUUCAGUAUUAGAAAUAUGAUUUAAAAAUCUUUAUUUAUAACUUCUGUUAUUAUUUGUGUUUAUUUAUUAACCUGAUCUCACUGAACGAGUGAGGUGUGCAUGUCUGUAAUCAGUCGCCAUGGCGAUGAAUCUGCAGAAUAUUGAAAUGCACUUUUAUAUCUGUGAUGAAAAAAGUGUUCAGCUGCAGAUGAACUGAUUUCAUAUCAUGUAUUAUUUUAACACUGUAUUAUUGGGCAUUCAUUUCAUGUUGUUUGUGAUGCGUUCAGGUGCAGCUAUGUUGCAUUAAGACAACAUCAGAAACAUUUGAAACAUUAGAUGUAGCAUUGUUCAUAUUGGACAGCGAGUAGACCCACACGAGGUUCAUUUACACAUUUUUUUAAGGCGUUUUUUUUUUUUUUUUAUGAAAUGACGUCAGAGGUGACGGAGGUUUGACCUUUAGUAUAAUCAGAGGAAGUGACGGACGGAGCUGUGAAAGUGUUCGAGUGAAGCCGUAGGAGAAAUUCGCAUUUUUUUUAUAAAAGUGUUGCACAGAAAGUUUUAAGAAUGUGACUGAAAAUGUGAAAACAGUAUUUUAAUGAACUGGAAAGAUGUAAGAAUAAACUUUAUUAACAAAAACAAA